AUGGCUGGCGUAUUUGAUAUUGAACUUCAUGAUGAAAACGUGGAUAAAGAUGAUUCUGAUGACGAUGGUAUAGAUAUAGAAGAGGUGAACAACAAUUUAAUGAAAUUUCAAAUCAUAUUCUCUGAAGAUUUAGAAACUGUUCAGUUAUCAGAGCAAACGGUAAAUCUGGGAAAAGAGAAAACUGGACCUGAGGACUUUUCUCUUCUUAAAGUCUUAGGUAAAGGAGGGUAUGGAAAAGUCUUCCAAGUUAAAAAAGUCACUGGGCAGGACUCGGGCACAAUAUUUGCCAUGAAAGUUCUUAAAAAAGCAUCAAUUGUAAGAAAUCAAAAGGAUACUGCUCAUACAAAAGCAGAAAGAAACAUAUUAGAAGCUGUCAAGCAUCCAUUUAUAGUUGAUUUAAAAUAUGCCUUUCAAACUGGUGGUAAAUUAUAUUUGAUAUUAGAAUAUCUAAGCGGAGGAGAAUUAUUUAUGCAUUUAGAACGAGAAGGAAUUUUUCUUGAAGAAUCAGCUUGUUUUUAUUUAUCUGAAAUAAUUUUAGCUUUGGAACAUUUGCACAACCAAGGUAUUAUUUAUAGAGAUUUAAAGCCUGAAAACGUUCUAUUAGAUGCUCAAGGUCACGUUAAACUCACUGAUUUUGGUCUUUGUAAGGAACAUAUACAGGAGGGAAUAGUUACGCACACAUUUUGUGGAACAAUUGAAUAUAUGGCUCCUGAAAUAUUAACUCGCAGCGGACACGGAAAAGCUGUCGAUUGGUGGUCUCUCGGAGCAUUACUAUAUGAUAUGCUUACUGGAAAUCCUCCAUUCACUGCGGAAAAUCGUAAAAAAACUAUCGAAAUUAUAUUAAAAGGAAAACUUAAUUUGCCUCCUUAUGUGACACCGGAUGCUAGGGAUCUUAUUAGGAAAUUAUUAAAGAGGCAAGUCAACCAAAGACUGGGUUCCGGUGCAGAAGAUGGUAAAGCAAUAAGAAGACACGCAUUUUUUAAACAUAUUAAUUGGUCGGAUGUUAUUUCUAGAAAAUUGGAGCCUCCUUUUAAGCCUUGUUUGACUAGUGAAGACGACGUAUCGCAAUUUGAUACAAAAUUCACUAAACAAACUCCAUUUGAUUCACCCGAUGACUAUACACUUAGCGAAAGUGCUAAUCGCGUUUUUCAGGGAUUCACAUAUGUAGCACCAUCCGUUCUUGAAGAAAUGUCUAGGCCUCCGCAUAUAGUAAAAGCUAGAUCCCCGCGAAAAGGUCCAAUGUCGUCGAUAAGGAGUCCAUAUAAUUCCCGAUUUCCUCAUUCUAUGACGGGAAUGACGUCAAUAUUAAAUACGGGUGAAGAAUUAAUGGAAGUUUCGGGGCUUUCUCAUGUAUAG